AUGACUCGCAUCCUCAUCAGCGCGCUGGUCGCGGCCGCCGCCGUGCAGCAAGCCGUCGGCGCCCCCAUCGCCCAGGGCGGCGGUGGCGAGGAGACCCCGACCGUCUCGGUCCCGACCCCGCCCCAGCCCACCGGCUCCGGGCUCCCCUUCCCCCCAUGGCCGUCGGGCUCCGCGCCCCCCUUCCCUCCCCGGCCCACCGGCUCCGGCCUGCCCUUCCCCCCCUGGCCGCCGUCGGGCACGGGCGGCCCGGCUCCCUGGCCUCCCCGGCCCACGGGCACCGGCGGUCCGCAGCUGCCCCCCUGGCCCAUCGGCGGGCCCUUCGAGAACCACAAGCGCUGGGGCGGCGAGGGCCGGCCCCACCCCACCGGCGGCGUUCACCCUCAUCCCCAUCCCCACCCGACCGGCCACCCGCUCCCGCCCAAGCCGACCGGCGAGCCCCCCAAGCCGACCGGUGAGCCGCCCAAGCCGACCGGUGAGCCGCCCAAGCCGACCGGCGAGCCACCCAAGCCGACGGGGGCGCCUGAGCCUCCCGCCGACGACGACGAGUCGCUCCUCAAGUACCUGGCCCGCCUUCUCCGCACCUAA